GUCAAAAUAAGCAAAAAAUCUAAAUUACAACGACGACGACAUCACAUCCACAUCAAAACGAGAAAUAGUAGGGGAGACACGGAUCCUACGUCUUCGAAAUAAUGCGGCGUGACGUGAUUCGGCUACGCCAUGCGGCGUUGGCCUUGGCCACCGGGCGCAUUUGUGCCGGGCAGAACCCAGAGGUGACCGGCGCCAUGGAGAGCACAUCUCCGGAUUUGGGUGAAGUCAGGACUAUGCUCGAAGAUAUGCAGACCGGAAUUCAGCAACUGCAUGAUGAAGACUCAGCGUUGUACGAGAAAGAAGCAUGCCACUGCGAAGACGAGACGGAGAAGCUAGCUGUGCCAGGGGAAGGAAUUAUUCCGAAGGUACCAGUUACUCGCUAAAACACGAUACAUCAUGUUAUGACUAACGGUUAUCCAAUCUAUGUCUCCAGCUCAAAUAAGACCAGCACGAGUGACUAUUCUAAAAAAUCUAAAUUUGGAUUUCCCUCCUCUGCAGUCCAAUGAAACUCUCUCGGCACCUAAAACACACUUUCAGGCGGUGACAGCCAUCAAUGAAGCUUCGCAGACGAUCAAGGAGAAGACAGCCCUUCAGAAGGAGGAAGAGGAAGACUUGGCCACCAAUACAGAGGACCUCGCGGCUGUCCGCAAGCUCGAGAAAGAUCAGGCCACGGCCUGGGCUAAGCGAAAAGCAGAAUUGGAAGCCAACAUCGCUGAAUCAACGCAAGCGGCCAAUGCUUUGGCCGGCGCCUCGCAGAAGCUGCAGUCGGAAAAACAUGCGACCAUCCUCGAAUUGGUGGAAAACAUGAUGACGGAGACAAAAGGUAUCUAUAAUUUUUUUUCAGGUUCUUGGAAUCGUAUGGGACUGUUUGAGAAUCUCUACCUUUAGAUUGGUUGAUUGUAGCUUUAGAUUGCUUCAAAUCCUUCAUGUUAAUUUUUUCGCAACAAGAAAUGAAGCACCUUGAUUAGUGGUCCACUACCUCAUCUUCCACCACCUCAUCUCACCAUCCAGCCACCCUGAAGGGGUACAACACCGAGAAGAGCACUGAGCAGUUGUCUCGCGACGACCAGAACUCGGCUAACCUGAAGACCGAGGCCGAUGAGAAGGAGUCUAUCCGCCUUGGAGAGGAGUCCAUCGCUGACUGCAAAGAGAAGAUCGGUGCAGCAAAGACCAAGUUGCUCGACAACGAGUCGGAUUUGAAGUUAUGGAACUGGAUAAAUUUUCGUGUAGGACUUUUUUAGAGCCCUGCCACCUAGCCUUCCUCAUCCACCAGAUUGUUUGCUAUGAUCAAAGUCCUAAUUAUGCUCGUCGGCUGUGGGAAGACAUGUGUGACCUGAAGUACUGUAGCUCUUUUCUUCUAAUACCCGAAGCCCACAAGCAGCUGACCGAUUUGACCUCCUUUUGCGAGGCCCAGGCCGCGGACUGGGAUACCGUUAGCGCGGAACGCAAGAAGGACUUCGGUGUCCUUGAGACCGCUAUUAACGUCUUGACCUGUGGCAAGGAGAGCUGUGGUCGCAGUGCUGCAGAAAGCACUGGCAAGGCUCCAGCAAGCAGCUUCUUGCAGCGCAUGAUGGCUUCGAAGAAUUAUGGCGUUGGAUAUACAUUUAAUAGAUUUUCUCUUUCACUAACAGCAGGCUCGUCAACCACUACAUCUACACGGGUCUUAAUAGAUUUUCUCUUUCACUAACAGCAGGCUCCACCACUACAUCUACACUGAUGAAUCGUGUCACCCUCUAAUCUGCAUCCUCCUCCCUCGUCCGCGCGAAGAAGACCCUGCAGCAAUCUUCCGCUGCGCAGCGCAACGCCCUUCGGUCCUUGAUUCGCUUUGGCGAGAAGAACGGCGUCACAGACCUCCUUCAGUUCAAGAGUUUGCUGAAGGAGAAGAAAGACCCGCUGCUGGGUGCCAAGAACCUGUUGCGAAAGCUGAUCGAGAAGCUAACCACGGAGAUGGCGUUGGACCAGGGCGAAAUGAACAAGUGCGCGACCCAGCUCGCCGACUGCACGACCAAGCGUGACUUCGCUUUGGCGGAAGUCUCGAAGGUAGUACACAACUUGUACUCAGAAGAUUGUGAGAGUUUGAGGAGACUUGCUUUGAGAUCAGCUUUGAGAUCAUGUCGCUUGAAGAUGACACACAUUUAAGAGAUAGAUCAAUGGGACGUGGACGAGUGCAACUCUAUGUCAUUUUGAAACCUUUCGCAACGGCUGAUCGCCUUUCUACAUCAACCUAACCAUCAUCUCUCUCCAGUUGAAAGUCGAGGCUGAGGAGCUCGGAGCCAGCGUUGAGGAGGACAAGAAGGAAUUUGCCUCGAAGGCCGUCGAAUUCAAGGAGAACCAGGAUGACGCGAAUGAGAAGACCGAGGUCGUUAUCCCUGAAAUGGAAGAGGCCUACGACACUGAGAAAGUGGAAUUGACGAAGCAAAAGACCAUGUUGCACCAAGCUGUCGUGAUCUUGAGGAAGCAUUUUGGUAUUUCGAAAGUGUCUAGUCUUGGAAUUGAUUUAGAUGAUUUUUUGGAGUUGAAAUCAACCGAGGACGUAGAGGGUAUCUUUCUUCACCGAACCGACAACUACAGGCGUCGAAGAAAACGAUAUGCGUGCUGACGCCCAGGACAGCGCUUCUGGCCUCACUGAGGGUGUCACGGAACAGUCCACCAGCGCUGGACGCAAGUUGGGCGCUCGUGGCCAAACGCAGUCCAUGGGCCAAUCCGUUGUGCACAUGAUCAACGACUUCCUGGAGCAGCGCACUGCAGAACUCAAGUCCCUUCGCGAGCGCCACAUUGCAGCACUUGCAGGUGAGCGCAAGCUGAAGCAGGACUUGUCCGCGACCGCAGGGGGAGCGAAAAGUCGCGCAGCAUAUUUGAAGGCAACCAUUGCAAAGGAGACCGCAGCUUUUGCUGCUAAGAUCGAAGAACUGCAAGCGCGAUUGGAUGCAGCGGGAAUUAACGGAAGGUAAGCUAAACUUACUUGCUAAAGAUUUGUGAUCAUUUAGAUUUUGUCCCAAAACAGGUUUUUUCUGCCGGAUGCUGUUAUCGUUGUCAAUCCGCAAACAACUGGACGUUCCCUUGCUACAACUAUGUUGACUCAAGCAAACUUCUUUCACCUCCCAGGUGUGUGCAAAAGUUGGAGCCCUGUGGUGUUCAGACAGAUAUGCGCGCUAAGAGGGAGGCAGAGAUGCAGGCCCUGAAGGAUGCGUGGGAUAAGCUGGCAGAGGGCACGGAAGCCGUCCGCCCGGCCACUUGGGAGUAGAUGUUUCCUUGUUGAAUGUUACCCAUGUGUUUGCACAGAAGUAGAUACAGACAAAAAUGUGAGUGAAGAAGAUACAAUCUUGGUGAGCGAGUAUUAUACACCCAUUUUAGAUAAACAAUAGGAUUUUCCCAUGUGUCAUAGUCAUACCUCAUCUUGAAGUUGAACAUGCACUUUUAGAUAUUUUAGAUUUUUCUUUUCCGGCCAUCCAGGAAACCAUUCCCAUGGCUUCACAAGUCUUUGUUUCGGAAUAGACUCUUGACAGACAGUGACAGAGACAUGGACAGACCGCUGCGACAGUGGCACUUUAGUGUAAGCAGGAUCUGCAGAGCUUGCAUCUUCGGAGCGCUUGCUCUCACUUGACUCAGGAGACCGCCUUCGCGUGGGUAUUUUCCUGAAGGGAAAAGUACACACUCGGAACAUGUUUUUCCAGAUCCGACGUCAGCAUGAACUACGGUCCAAUAGCAUCAAGGUCGAC